UAGAAUCUACAUAUACACAGACAGCAGGCAGACGAUUUUUCCAAUUCUCUCAUUGGGUAACCCGUCCAUUACUGUUAAAAACGCCAAUCUCAAAAUCAGAUUCUACAUAGCCUCCAAAAUCAGUCAUGGCCAACGGCGAUUAUUUCCGCACAGGUUGUAUGUCACAUUUAAAGAAACCCCAUUCACAAGGGAACAAAAUCAUCCGGUCCAUCUAAGGAAAGAUGGUGGAUUUCCCAACGGUCCCAAAGAAACUAUAAAUAACUUACAAACUAAGCUCUCCAAACACAAGAAAAUAAGAUCAGAGUGCACUCAAAACUCAAUCUACGCUUUCUUAUUAGGUUGACAUUAUUGAAAGUGAUCAGAAGGCCCAAUGGCUUCAGAAAGAGAGGGAGCUGUCGUAAUGAAGGGGCACACAGAAGGGAUGAAGCAGGCUGCGGCUCUGCUGAAGGAAUUCGGGCUUCCAGAAGGACUGUUGCCUCUUGCAGAUGUGGUAGAGGUGGGUUAUGUGAAGAGCAGUGGUUACAUGUGGAUUUCUCAGAAGAAGAAGGUGGAGCACACUUUCAAGCUCAUCUCUAAGCAGGUCAGCUAUGAUACUGAAAUCCGUGGGUAUAUUCAGAAUGGCCGUAUAAAGAAGCUGAAGGGAGUGAAGGCCAAGGAGUUGCUCAUUUGGGCUCCUGUGGGUGACAUCACUGUGGAGAGCCCUCCCACUGGGAAAAUACAGUUCAAGAGUCUGGCCGGCAUUACUAAGACUUUUCCAGUCGAGGCCUUUGCUGCAGGGCAGUGA